AUGUCCACAAAUGCGUCCACAAACGCGUCGACCAGCGCCUUCACCAGCGCCUCCACCAACGAAUCCACAGGCCUAAUAGAGAUGUUCGUUCACCCGGAGGGGAAGUUUUUCCCCUUCCGCCGCCCAAGACUCCCUCUCGACACCUCCGCGCAGCCGCAGCAACAACCCCACGAGCCCACAGAAGCACCAACGGCAGCACAAACCACGCCUAAUCUGCUAGAGAGAGGAGGCAUACAAGGAUCAAAGAUGCCCUUGCAGCUGCCCGGCCUCCCCCCGGCCCCUAGUAGCAGGCAUAGGUCCAAGAAGAAGCCCGUCUUCGACCUCCAAACCCACUCCAUCUGGCUCACACAAGCCUCCUCGUGCGGCUCCACGCCCGCCGCGCUCAAGGACGUCACCGAUUUAUCUCGAGUAGUAGGGAAGUGCGAGGUGCAGCCGGGCCAGAAGGAGGCGGUGGUGGAUGUGGUUUCGGAGACGGCGAUGGCGGCGCCUAGUUCGACAACUGACACUGAUGCUGUGACUCGAACUGGAGGGUUAGGGUUGUCGGGGUUUGUCACCACGACAUUGGCGGUACCUACGGCGGCGGUGGCGGCGACGAGUUCAGCUGGUGGUGGAAGCGGGGAUGGAGGUGUGAGCGCUACUGCGUUGGCGUCCUUUGGGGUAAGAAUGACUGGCGAUAAGGUGUUGAGCGUCGCGGUGGCUGUCGUCGUUGUGAUGCUGGGAAGUCUGUUGUGA